GUAUGGUUACGUCAUGGGGAAGGUUGUAGACAUAGCGCAGGAAGUAGUAAUAUGAAUUAUGGUGUCGAUCAACCUAGUAAUUAUUAUGCGAAUUAUGGUCAUCAUCAAGAAUCUGAUCAAUUUGGUUAUGGGUAUAACCAGGAAAAUAUAUUUCAUAAUAUGGUUACUGAUGCAUUUCAUGAAACUACUGCUGUAUUUGCUGAAAAUAUUAUCGAAGAACCCAACAUAUAUGCACAACGCUUUUAUGAUAUGUUAGAUGCUGCUAAUCAACCCAUCUACGAGGGAUGUAGAGAAGGGCAAUCUAAGUUAUCUUUGGCAUCUAGGAUGAUGACAAUGAAAGCUGAUAAUAACUUAAGUGAAAAUUGUAUGGAUUCAUGGGCUGAACUUUUUAAAGAGUAUUUACCACCGGAUAAUAUAUCGGCUGAGAGUUACUAUGAAAUACAGAAGUUAGUUCCCAGUCUUGGGUUACCAUCAGAAAUGAUUGAUGUAUGCAUUGACUAUUGCAUGAUUUUCUGGAGAGAUGAUAAAAAUCUGCAGGAAUGUCGGUUUUGCGGGAAGCCGAGAUAUCAGCCUCCUGGGGGAAGGACGCGAGUACCAUUUAAACGUAUGUGGUACUUGCCAAUAACUGAUAGAAUGAAACGCUUAUACCAAUCGGAAAGAAAUGCAGCGAAGAUGAGAUGGUAUGCUGAACAAUCAACUACAAAUGGAGAAAUUACUCACCCCUCGGAUGCAAAGGCGUGGAAACACUUUCAAACGGUAUAUUCUGACUUUGCUAACGAGUGUAGAAAUUUGUAUCUUGGCUUAUGUACAAAUGGAUUUAGUCCAUUUGGAAUGUCUGGGAGGCAAUAUUCUCUAUGGUCGGUUAUCCUGACGCCAUACAAUCUUCCUCCGGAUAUGUGUAUGCAAAGCGAAUUUCUGUUCCUAAGUAUUCUAGUACCGGGCCCAAAGCAUCCGAAGCGAGCGCUCGAUGUCUUCUUGCAACCGCUGAUUCAUGAGCUGAAGAAUUUUUGGUCUGAAGGUGUCCAGACGUUUGGCCAAGAUGUGGAAAUUGCUGCUACUGUCCGCAACAUUUUUGAAAGAGAUUUCAAAGAGCCUCAUGCCAAUUGGACACAGACGCCGAGUAAAAUAGUAGAACGGUAUUGGCUUGAUCCCAAAACAGAAGCAAAGAGUAUCAACAGUCGUAACGCUCGAUAUCAUGAUCCUGAUGGCACCGGCAUUCAUAUACACCGCUCAGGCCAUACAUCUUUUAAAGCACGUGCUCGGAAACAUACUCAUAGAAAUCCUGAUGGUACUUUUAUCGAUGGAAAGUUGGAGUCCAUCUACAAUGAAGUCUCUUCGAGGAUUCAAGAGAUGGUAUCUGAGCUUUGUGCAGAGGAUAAUAUGGAGAGUUGUGCUUCUGGUGGGUUGUCUAUUCAUACAAAGAACAAGAUUUACACAGAGGUUGCUCGGAGGAAGAAAAAUAGGAUUUAUGGCGUUGGUUCUUUGCAGCAGGAAGCUGCCUCUGCCCAUACCGGUCCACCGCCUCCUCCGACUGAAGAUCCUGUUAUUCUUGCUCCUCAAGCUCAGGCGACGGAGUUAAAACAAAGUAAAGAGAAGAUGCAUAGCUAUGAUGCUUACUUCGAGUACCUUGCCAAGAAGGAUCAUGCAUUUGCUGUUUUAUUUCGAGCCGAUAACCGGAGAAGCACCAACCCAGCAUAUCCAGUCACCACCACCGAGACUACACCUCUGACGAGAAACAAGACCGGUAACGGUACCGCAACUGCAACUGUAUCCUCUCUAUCAAAAUUCUUUUAGUUGUUGUAGAAACUUUUCGCCCUAGGUUUCUAAUGUUUUAAGACAAUGUUUUUUUUUUGUAAUCAACUCAUUUCAAUUUC